AUGAAAGUUGUUGUAACUGAUAAGCAUGGUAUUUCCUCUGAGAGAGAGAAGAAGUUUAUGACUUUGAACUCUCCUUACAUCACUGGUCUCGAAUUGGAUAAGAAUCUUUUCAUUGAUGGUGAAAAGAUUAAAGGCAAUGUCACAUUCAAUGACAGAGAUCAUGAUAAGCUGCUCUUCCUCUUCUACAAGGUUGGUCCAACAAUCAUACCAAUUGAUCUUGAGAUCAAAUCAGAUGGCUCAAAUGGACAAUUCAAAGAGUUCGAAUUUUACCCACAAUUAAACUUCGUUUCAAACGCAGUCGUUGCUGAAUUCUUCCUUGCUUCAAUGGCGAAAUUGGAUGAUUAUGUAAAUGAAGACGGAUCAUUCACAGAACCUUUGAUGUUCUCUAAAACUGUUAAGAAGCCAUUAAAGAAGACAUUUAAGCCUUCAUUCACUUUGGACGAUCUUCCAAAGUUUUAUUACGAGCCAGAUGAAGAUAUUAUAGUGUCUGGAACGAUCGCAGCAGAUGGAUAUGCCACGAUUUAUUUGAUGAUGUACAAUCUCAUGACAUGGGAAGCUGAUGAGGUUGAUAAAAUCACCUUUGAUGGUUGCACUCAGGAGCCAAAGAAGUUCACUGGAGAAAGAUUCGAAGUUCACUUGAAAUACGAUAGAAAUGCAUAUGGAUUCUAUGUUAUAUGCGAAGAUGGAAAUGGUUACCAGGAUGAUUACAUGCCAGCAUUUGCAAUUUUGAUAAGGAGUCCAAUCUCAAUUACCAAUGUUGUUCCAAAGAAGGUAACAUAUUUCAACAAGGAUACAUUUGAUGCAACAUUAACAUGUAAACAAAAUGAUGAAGGAAGAACCUUAUAUGUCUAUUACAGAAUUAAUGACGGUGAAAUUCUGUUAUUCAGACCAGACUACGAUACAUCGAAGACAAGAACUAUUUCAAUUGAUAUCAGUUGUAAAAUACCUUACAGUGCCGUUGGAGACACAAAGAUUGAACUUGCUAUCUCAGAUAAGUUCACAUAUUCUUGGGGUACAGGAUACACAAUUGGUGUUCCACCAGAAUUCUCCACGAUAUUCACAACAUCAUUCAGAGUCAGUCCUCCACCAGUUUUCACUGCAACAUUAACAAAUGAUUAUCUCUACAAGCGUGGAGAUGAAGCAAUCUUCUCUAUUUACAUUGUUGAUGAUGAGACUGUCACACUCAAGUACAUCUUCGAUGGUCUUACAAUUGAUUCUGAAGAAAUUGCAUUAUAUGGUUCACAAUUCGAAAACAAGAGAUCUCUUACAAUUCCAAGCACUGCAACUUAUGGAUCACACAGAAUCAAAGUUGUCGUUGAAGAUAACUUCGGAUUCUCAAUGUCAUCUACCGAUGAAAUUAUUCUUGUUGUCAACAAGCCAACUCUUAAUUCCAUUGAGUUCUCAAAGCCAUACGGUAUCAAAGGAUCACCAAUCACAUUGAGCGGUGCUUUCUAUGAUAUUGAUGCUGAUAAGCAAAUCUACAUCUACGUACAAUUUGGUGACAAGAAACCAGCUAAAUAUUCUACCAAGAUUACAUCAAAUGGAAAGGGCGACCAGACAUUCAGCUUCGGUUUGGAUAUCAAUGAUGAAAUUCCAUAUGGAAUGAAUGAUGUCAAGGUAUGGAUCUCAUCUUCUUAUGAAGUCGACAAAGAGAACCACGCAUACUACUCAUCAUAUCCUAAGUUUGCCAAGUUGUCAGUCACAUUCCAGCCAACAAUGACUGUUAAAAUACCAUCAAAGACUGUCUACCAGGACGGAGAAAAGAUCACAAUCGCUGGUGAAGUCAAUUCAUACACUGAUGUCAACCUCAAGUACUCCAUUGAUACAACUAAACUCACUGAAGUAUCAUCAGUCAAGAUGGACAGUACUCCACAACAAUUCAGAUUCUCCAUCACAAUUCCAGAAGGAUUCAAGCAAGGCACAUACACAUUUGGUGUGUAUGCAGUUGAUUCCCAUGGAUUGGAGACAGAAUAG